UUUUUUUCUGCCUUCCCCCAACGACUUGCGCCACGGAGCCAACCGUCUGCCGUAGAAUCUCAGCCUAAGGCCACCAAUCAAUCCCCCAUAUCAUUUUCGCAGGUGCAAACUGCCGACUCUCUACGGCAAAUCUCCCUCCCCAACUGAUACGCGCUCUAGGUGCGCGCGCGUUUUUUCGGGGAGAGUUCGGUUAAUUGCUGCGAGCUGAUACCAUCCUGUGAUUCACGGUGGAUCUGAAUUUAAUUCUCCAGCCGUCAAUUACCGAUUGGGAGUGUCCGUUCACCGUGCAUACCGCGUCGGGACGCGGUGGUCACAUGUUUGCUAUCUGAAAGUCUGACGGUCCAUCUAAAAAGGAAAAGCAAGGCACUUAGAUAGCGCGGAAAUUAUACAACCCUCCUUGGGUUCAUAUCACCGCCAAGAUGAUGGGAUAUGGCGGUCAUUCAUUUCACCAGCAACGGCAAGCUCAGCAGAAUGCCCAUCCUCAGCAGCAGCAACAUCUCCAGUCCCCGUCGAUGGGGGCCGCUGCUGCGGCUGCGGCUGCCACGCAUCAACAACAUAACAGUGGUAUCGCCGGGAACAAUUCCCUUCUGCGCGGCCAACAGCAAGCUGAUCUGGCAGCUCAUUCUCCAGAUCUUCGUAAGAUGACUCCGUCCUCGUCGGCGCCGCUAGUGGGAAUUCCCACGGCCGGCAAUUUCGCUUCCUUCCCUGGCCAUUUCCCGCCGCAGGGUUCAUCCGAUCUGUUGUCUCGAGGUGCGGAAUCAGUGGGUCAGUUAAAAGACCCUUAUCUGUCGCUGCAGAACUUGCAGAGGAAUAUGAAUCCCAUGGCUAGUUUUCGCGGACACCCCGCGGCGGCCAUGAACGCUCAGGCAGCCAUGUCACCGCACGCGCAUGCCAUGGGCUUAUCGUCGCCGCAGCAGUCGAUAGAUCGCAUGCAACAUACGCAGUAUCAACACCGGCAGACGACGCAUACCCAUCCGGCGCAAACCCCCACGACGGCAUCGCCCAUGUUGGCCGCGGCUCAGCCCCAGCAGCAGCAUCAGUACCAACAGCAACAGCCGCAGUAUCAAUCGGCACAGCAGCAGGCGCAAUAUCAAGCAACGCAGCAAGCUCAAUAUCAACCACAGCAGCAAGCACAGUACCAGCAAGCCCAGCAGUCUCCCUACCAACAGGCUCAGGCUCAGCCUCAGUAUCAAGCACAAGCGCAACAGUCGCCUUACCAGCAGCAAGUGCAGCAAACUUUCCAGCAACAGCAAGCUCAACAGGCACAACAGGUCCAGCAACAAGCGCAACAGCAAGCACAGCAGUCUUAUCAGCAGCAUGCUCGGUACCAAUCGCAGCAGGCCCAGCGCUCGCCGUAUCAAUCACAAGCCCAGCAGCACCCGUUCCAACAAGCUUAUCAGCAGCGUCAAUAUCAACCGCAGCAACAAGCACAGUACGCGCAACAAGCGCAACAACACCAGCAACGGCCACCGCAGUCGACAACGCCGUCAACAAUGGGGGGAAGUGCAGAGCUCGCAGUCCAAGAGCCAGAAGCGGAAGAGACUAAAACUAAGCGACGUCCGAAGCAAACCAAGGCGACUGUAUCUCCUGCGAUAUCAGCGAAACAAGUGAAUGGUCAACCGCCAGCUGUAUACGCCACAGACGCUCAGACUCAGGCUCAUGCUCAGGCCCAGGCCCAAGCGCAGGCCAAGGCUCAGGCUCAAGCGCAAGCGCAAGCUCAGGCUCAGGCUCAGGCUCAGGCUCAGGCACAAGCACAAGCACAGGCUCAGGCUCAAGCACAGGCUCAGGCACAAGCACAAGCUCAGGCACAGGCACAAGCGCAAGCUCAGGCACAAGCUCAGGCUCAGGCCAAGCAACAGCAACAGCAACAACAGCAACAGCAGGCCCAGCAAACCCCGGGGCAACCUCAAGCUCUAGCACAAGACAAACCCGCGUCGGCAGACAAUACGGGGACUCCUAAAAAACGAGGUCGUCCCCGCAAAUCUUUAGUCCCAGGAGAAGAAGGCAAGACGCCGAAGCCUAGAAAGACUCCAUCCAAAGCAGCGGCAGCUGCCGCCGCCGCGCAAGGCAACAAUGCGACUCCGACCUCGACUGCUAAAGGCCCAGCUACAGCGGCGGCCGUAGCUCCAGGCGUACAAGGACAAGUUCAAGCUCCCCCACCCGCCGCGCCUGGCACCGUCCUUAGUGCAGACGGCACCGUAGUGCCCCAAAAGAGACGCCGUGGUCGUCCGCGCAAGUCCGAGAUUGACCCCAAUGCUCCGCCAAAGCCCAAGCCUCCCCGCAAACCAGCCUCAUCGAAACCAUCCGGUACAGGACGUCCUCGUGGCCGUCCUCGUAAGGCCGAUGUCGCUGCUCGACAGGCGGCAGCCGAAGCUGAAGCGCAAGCCAAGGCACAAGGCCAGCAACCUCCAACACAAGGCCAGGGUCAACCCCAACCUCAAGCACAGCCCCAGCAGGCCCAGCAGGCCCAGGGCCACGUUCAACAUCAACAUCAACACCAACACCAACACCAACACCAGCCCCAGCCCCAGCCCCAGCCUCAACCAAAGGCUCAACCUCAUUUGCAGGCUCAACCACAAAUGCAGGUGCAACCACAGAUACCAGCCCAAAAUCAGAUGCAAGCUCAGCCUCCGAUCCAAGCCCAAUCAACUAUGCAAGUUCAGCCCCAAUUGCACCACCACCAGCUCCAGAUGGCCCAUCAGCACCACCCGCAACACCAUCCGCAUCCACAGCAGCAUCAACACCAUCCCCUUUCACAUGCGCAUCAGCACCAGCAUCCUCAAGCUCAGCACGCCCAUCACGUGCAACACGUGCACCAGCAUCCGCAUGCACAAGCGGAUCCAAUGGCCCUAAACCCAGCUCAAAAGCGUGGGCCACCGUCUCUAGACGAUGACCCGCGCAAACGAGCCUAUAUCAUGCCACAGAUGUAAAUCGUGCCCUCAACCCGUGGAAAUAAUCACUACUCGCAUCUCAUAAUCUGCUUAUCCGUUUGUCGACAGUUCUCAGAGCAACACAUAUUUCUUUCUUACAUCUCCUGUUUCCAGUCUAUAUCUGUUCCAUUCUAUUUUUCCAGCAUACCUACGACAAUAGUUUUUUUCAUUCAUAUUCAUUUCCAUAUUCAUAUUCUAGUUUUGUUUCACUUUAUCAACCAAUCAAGCCAAUGCUCCCACACAUCAAUCAAUGUUAACGAGUUAAUUUCCUUUCCGCCACGAGUUUGUCUUUUUUUUUGCUUUUCCCAUGCUGUUCUUUGAAUUCUGCUUUUUCUGUCUUUUUUACCCCCAACUGGUUCUGGUUCUUCAGCGUCAGCUAUACGUAUUUACUUACUUUGUCCGCCCCGAACCUCCCGGUUAUUCUAAGCUGUUUUGCAUUGGUUGAGUAUUGACUUACUGGCUAGUUUUAUUGUUAGUUGAAUUUACCUCAAGUGGAUCUUUACUAUCACUGUCUAUGUAUUUUGUGUGUGUAGGAUUUGACUGGGGAUGUGUGUGAAACAUGUUCGGUUUGUGUCCGGGAAAUUCGGAAUUAUAUUGCUUGAUCUCAUUUUCAUUAUUUUUACACGGUUGAUAACAUGGCAAAUCUAGUAGUCAACUUAGGUUUAAC